UCCAAUUUUAAUUAUUUUUUGGUUGGAUUUUUGCCAAUAGACUUUAUCCCAACAGCGACCAAGACCAUUUAGAUGACUUGGAACACCUCUGACCUCACUCUCUACAUCACUUGCCACCAUAGCACGUACUCUUCGUAUCGACUUAGGAAUACUCAGCUGUGGUCUCGCUGACCAGUCUCAAGCAGCGGAGGGUGUGUGGGCUCCUCGGCAUCCCUCACCAGCAUCCGGUCAGCAUCCGGCUGAAUCACCAUGCAGCGGCCAAAUGACCCACUGGCCUCGCGAGCUCUGUUCAUCAAGAACCUCAACUUCAACAUCUCUGGGAAUGACCUAUACGACCUCUUUGGAAAGUACGGAGCCAUCCGUCAAGUCCGUUUAGGAACCGAUACCAAUCUCAAGACGAAAGGCACGGCCUACGUGGUAUAUGAGAAUCCGGACGAUGCGAGGGAGGCUUUGACACACUUGAAUGGAUUCCACUUGAUGGAGAGAUAUAUCGUCGUGCUAUAUCACCAGCCUUCCAAGCAGCAAGCUUCUGCACUGGCAAAGGCAGAGAUAAGAGCGAGAGAACAGGCACUGGAGAUGGAGAAGAGGCGACUAGGCAUGCAGGACUAGAUGACGGGCGAGCAUGUAAGAGGAAUGUACCACCACUAUGCAUGACCCGGGCUCAUUGAUCAGAUCCUCAUAGAGACUUAUAUAUUGAUUA